UGUGGCGACCAUCGUGUGAUGCUGAAGGGUGUGUGAGCAUGACACUGUGUGUGUGUGUGUGUAUGCGUGUGUGCGUGCGUGCAUGCAUGUGUGUAAACUGCGAUUAUUUCAGCUGUGAGGAUAAAUGACGGGACAUCGAAGGAAAGGAAGGAGCUGUGACAGGAAGAAAGGAAUGAAGGAGGUGUUGAAGUGUGGAUUAACGCUGCUGCAGAAAAAAAUCAGAGUCAUCAUUUUCUUCUGAGUUGCAGCAAUCUGAGAGAACGGCAAGAAGCUUCAUCACUCCAUCUUUGUACCGAGGGAAUUGAAAUAAAAAGGGAGGAGAAAGUGAAGGAAGGAUGGAGGGAGUUUGAGUCCUGGCUGAUCCUCAGAUAUUUGGGGAGUCAUGACAUCACAGGAAGAGUCUUCUUCUUUUAGAAGGUUUUUUCAGUAUGUGGAGGACAGUGGACUUCAAACAUAUGAUGGUCUAGUGAUCCAAAACGCCUCGGACAUUGCCAGAGAGAGCGACCGCAUACGUAACCAGACCAACUGGACCUACCUGCAAGAAAAACACCAGAAGAAGAGACGGCAGGAAGAAGUCAUCAAAAGGAUUGGUGAAGACGUUUCUGUUGCAACAGAUGGAGCAUACUCUGGAAAACAUUUCAGAAUGGGCUUCAUGACAAUGCCGGCAUCACAGGACCGGCUACCCACAUCCACACAAGGCUUCACUGUACGAUCCCAGUCCCUCCACUCAGUGGGAGGGGGGGAAGAAGACUCCAACCAAAGUCGAAGGCAACCCCCGCCCAAACCCAAGAGAGACCCCACCACGAAACUUAGCAGUAGCUCUGAGGCGGUGGACGGGAGCAUCGGCAUCACCAAGAGGGAGUUCCAAGAAACCAAAGAUGCUCCAGAGCAGUUAGAAGCUAGAUGCCAUUUCUACGCUGAAGACUCCAAAAAGAUGCCUCCACCCAAACCCAAGAGAGAUCCCAACACUCAGCUGAGCUCUUCCUUUGAUGAGUCCUACAUCCAUAGUCUCAGUAACAAGAAGUCUUUCCUGCAAGGUGACAAAUCUUCAUCUCAGAGUCCAACAUUCAGGGACACGGAUGAUGAGGAGCCCGUUUAUAUUGAGAUGGUGGGAAACGUACUGCAAGAGCUGAAGGGUCAGAUAGAUGUGGACGACGAGCAGAGCGAGUCCGUGUAUGAGGAGAUGAAGUACCCUAUGCUGGAGGACUUUCUGCAGGACACACAGUCCUCCAUCAUCAACGCUGAAGUGUGGUCAUCUCGGGGCUCGCUUUGUGACAUCCCUCCACCCUUUCCGAACCUUCUGACUCAUCGUCCGCCGUUGCUCGUCUUCCCGCCGGCUCCAGCUCAGUGCUCCCCAAACUCGGAUGAGUCCCCCCUCACCCCUCUUGAUGUCACUCGUCUGCCUAUGAUAGAAAAUGCUCCUUACAGCAAGUCAGGAGGUGCUGAGCAACCACAGAGCUCCUCUCACCACCGCAAAGACCGGGACCGGAAUCGGGAUCGAGAUCGGGAUCUGGACCGAGACCAGGAACAAGACCAGGAUCUGCCCUACACCCACACCAUCACAUCCUCUGGUCGCUCAUCAGCUCCACCUCUCCCCUCCAGCUUCUUCAAGUCAACUAGCUCCACCCAUGGGGGGCAUGGUUACCCCCGCAGCCAAUCAGCUUGUCCCUCUCCAGUAAACAUGGGGCGCUCUUUAACUCCUCUGAGUUUAAAAAGACCACCCCCAUAUGACACUCUGAUAGCAGGAGGAGGUAUGCCCCGCUCUUCAUCCUCCUCAUCAACGUCCUCUCAGAGAGCAGGUGAGGGUGGGGCAACACUCAAUAGCUCCUCCUCCGCCCAUGGUUCCAUGUACAAUGUGUCAGUAAGGUCGCAAACUCCAACCAGCCCAGUGGAUGAACUGAACUCCUCGUCUACGUCAGGCAAACAAGUGACGAAGAGAAGGUCAUCAGGGAGGAAGAACAAGGAUGGUGAAGGAGACUACAAGUCUCUGCCCAGACAUGGCAGCAAAGACAGGGAUGGACACUCGAGUCCAGUUUGCAGCAGGAUGGGGAAGUCCGUUAGCCCAACCAUGAUGCUGACAGGGGCAGGAGAAUUAAAGACUGCAUGUAAACUGGGUCGGUCCGUAUCAACAUCAGGAGUUCCAUCGCCAGGUGGGAUGCCACCACAUCACCUGCAGGAGCUUCACCAUCCUGCUCUCAGUCAGAUGCCGUGGCUCUGUGGCGACGCCACCAUGAUGGAGAUGAUUGAGAGAAAGAGGGUUUUGUGUCGAGAGAUAAAAGCUCGUCAGCGACCUGAGAAGAACCUUUGCAAACAAGACAGCAUGCCCAACCUGCCCAGCUGGAAGAAGAAGCAGCCGCCGCCAUACUCGGCCCCGCCCACCUCGGCCGGACACACCGCUACGGUGUUCUGGGACACUGCCAUAUAAUACGCAGGAGAAACAAUGCAACCAAUCAGGCGGAUGAUGAUGAAGAUGAUGAUGACAAUGAAGAUAAAGCAUCAUUAAUCCACCCUAUUACUUUUCUCUGAGUGAUUCCAUAUAUUCAAACCAUUAUAGUAGCUUUCACUGAUAAUUAAAUAUAACGUUUCAUCUGCAUUUAGCUGUUCUGCUUUGUCACUUCCUCUUACACGACUCCUGUUUCAGCUGGAACACAAACCCAAUUAAACAAGAAUCACAAGAAAUAAAUCAGCAAAGAAGCAGAGAAAGUUUUUGCAUCUAAUUAUCUUUAAGAUUCAUAAUAAUAUCAGUGUAUGGGGUGCCAUUUGUAAAGUCAAACAGUCAUAAUCUAACAGCAAUAUUUUUGGUUAUUUAGCAUAUCAUAAGAGAAAAAAUUGGGAGUUCACUUUUUCGAAGUCAUAUUUUCAUCAUGUUAUUCAUACAUUUAUAAAUGUUAAAGUUUCCAAAUAAAUAUUUAGUUAGCAAGAUAAAUAUUUAAUUUGCGGUUAAAUAUUUAUUUUGCAAACUAAAUAUUUAGGUCUGAUCUAAAUAUUUAGUUUGUAAAAUACAUAUUUAAUUCACUAACUAAAUAUUUAAUUUACUAAUUAAAUAUUUAUUUUGGAACUAAAUAUUUAAUUUGUAAAUUAAAUAUUUAUUUUCCUAAAUAAAUAUUUAGAUCCCAGCUAAAUAUUUAUUUUGGAGCUAAACAUUUAGUUUGCAAAAUCAGUAUUUGGGAAAUAAAUAUUUAAGUCUGACCCCAAAAUAUAAAAUAUAGUGUGGAGCUAAAUAACAUCAUGGAAAAUAAAUAUUUAGCUGGGAUCUAAAUAUUUUUUUGGAAAAUAAAUAUUUAAUUUACAAAUUAAAUAUUUAAUUUACAAUUUAAAUAUUUAGUUCCAAAAUAAAUAUUUAAUUAGUAAAUUAAAUAUUUAGUUAGUGAAUUAAAUAUUUAUUUUACAAACUAAGUAUUUAGAUCAGACCUAAAUAUUUAGUUUGCAACAUAAAUAUUUAACUAUAAAUUAAAUAUUUAGCUUGCUAACUAAAUAUUUAUUUGGAAACUCUAACAUUUAUAAAUGUAUGAAUAACAUGGUGAAAAUAUGACUUUGAAAAAGUGAACUCUCAAUUUUUUCUCUUAUGAUAUGCUAAAUAACCAAAAAUAUUGCUCUUAGAUUAUGACUGUUUGACUUUACAAAUGGCACCCCAUAUCAGCGAAUCAAUUCAAACACCAUCUGGAUGCCUGUGUCGUUUUACGUUGCUGCACCAAACAUCAGAAAUCCUUCACACAAACACUUCAUGUAGAUUUGAACACUUUGCUCUCUCUCUCUCUCUCUCUCUCUCUCUCUCUCUCUCUCUCUCUCUCUCUCUGUGUGUGUGUGUGUGUGUGUGUGUGUGUGUGUGUGUGUGUGUGUGUGUGUGUGUGUGUGUGUGUGUGUGUGUGUGUGUGUUUCAGUUGGUCCCGCAUGUUCAGGGCUGGUGUCAGACCAACGCCGACCCCAACGCUAAACAUUCUCACUGUGAUGUUUUUUAGUCCAAAUGAAGGUGUUAUCGUUCCAUCAGCCCAGAUACGGGCAAACGAUGUUCAGGUGUAGCACAGGUUCCUGUCGUCUCCGUCUUCAUUUUUGAAUCUGGAUGAACUUUAGAUGUUUUUUUUUUCUUCUUACGUUUGUGUAGCAGAAAGCAUGAACUCUAUGUGAAAACAAACACAAACGUGUGUUUAUAUUUACAGAAAAAAGAUGGCGAUAAUUAUUUGUGUGUGAAGUAUAGUUGGAAUGUAAACAUUUUUAUAUUAUAAGUAUAAAGAUUAAAAAACUAUUUUAAAUUUUUAAAACUUGAGAUGUU